AUGCCGACCCGGGAGAAAAUCGCCAUCUGGCUCUGGGGCGCUGAGCCCAGAGACCGCGCCCUCCUUGCAAAACUAGAUUUCACAUUAUUGCCGUACUUUUCGCUGAUCUGGUUUCUGUUCGGUGUAACCCGCGCCAGCUACUCCUCGGCCUAUAUCAGUGGAAUGAAAGAGGCACUCAACUUCCAGGGAAAGGAAUACAACUACAUGAGUACGGCGUACUUGGUCACCUAUGCUGUCUUCCAGAUGCCCGGAACAAGUGUGCUCACUCUGGUCCGACCGAAAUAUGUCUUUGUCGCGGCAAAUGUUACCUGGAGUGUCCUGACGAUGGUCACCUUCCGGAUGACCAAGGCCUGGCAGGUUAUUCUGCUGAAUGCUAUCGAGGGAGGGUUCUCGGCUAUUGCAUACGUUGGGGCAUUGUUUAUCCUCGGCUCCUGGUAUAAACGAUCGGAACUAGGGACGAGAAACGCCGUAUUCUGUGUCUUUGGCCAUCUGGGAUCGAUGGCUGGUGGUUGGAUUCAGGCUGGACUGCUGCAGAGUCUAGGAGGGAAGAGUGGGCUGCCUGCGUGGAAAUGGAUAUUCAUCAUCGUCUCUGUCAUGACACUCCCGGUGGCACUGUUCGGCUGGGUGUUUAUUCCUGAUCUUCCAGCGCAUCGGGCGGCGUGGUAUCUGAAUGACGAACAAAAAGAACAUGCUGCAACUCGCAUCAUUGCGCCUACUAAGUACUCCUGGGAUCUGACCGUCUUCAAGCGCGUCCUGUGGAGCUGGCAAUUCUACCUCCUGCCCUUCAUCUUCAUGCUGUACUCGCUCUGCGUCCAAAGCCUGAGUAACAACGUCAUGGCCCUCUGGAUGGCGUCGAAAGGCUAUACAACGGUGCAGCAGAACAACUAUCCUACCGCCGUAUAUGCGACUGGCAUCGUCGGGACUGUGAUCUACGCCGUCAUUUCAGACAAGAUACGCUCUCGCUGGGAAGUGUCCAUCGCCAUCGGACUGACCUUCGUUAUCGGCUCUGCCAUCCUAGUCGCUGAUCCCCCAACAGCAGGCUACUUCUUCGCAUUCUACCUGCUCGGGACUACCUAUGCCCCCCAGGCUGUAUGGUACAGCUGGCUUGCCGAUGUGACCAGCCACGACGUACAGCUACGGGCGAUUACAACAGGAUUCAUGAAUUCAUUCGAUUUUGCGUUCGUGACGUGGUGGCCACUGAUAUUCUAUCCAGUCACUGAUGCUCCAAACUAUCGAAAAGGAUACAUUGCCAGCUUGGUUACUGGCGCUCUGACGCUGCCGUUCAUUGGGGUUAUCGCGUAUCUGGAAAAGAGAGACAUUGCCAGGGGCGCCAUUCGGAGGGCUCCUGAAUCCCAUAUCUCCAGUCAGUCGGAGGAUCACCUACAGCAGGGUCCGUCCAAGGCUAGUGAUCAAGAUGGCCCGGUAAAUGUGAGGUCGGCAGAGGUCGGGGUAUAG